CAGACCGUGGUCUAGGGGAGUAUAGUACGACAUUGGACCUCGCAGAAUGUCCCAAUCACCUCUGGCACGUUCCACACGUCGCUCGUUGCCCGCCUUCGCACAUACCCCCUCCAGGCUCUCAAAAUCAACAAAUGUGGCCACCGUCACUCCCCCACACGACAGUCUUCUCACUCCAAUCAAGACUGAGCCAUCUUCGCUCACACCCGAUCAUCGCUAUCGUGGAGCCUCCUCUACUCCCAGUACCCCAAAGAUCCUCUACUCGCCAUAUGCCACCUCUUCUCCUCAUGCAGGCCCGAGCAAAAGCGCCAGCAUUCCGUUUGAUAUGGCCGCAUCUACCAAGGCAGCCCGUCAGACUGACUCCGGUACACAAGUCGGCGUACAGUAUGGAAUGGCUACUCCGGGGAUGAAAAAGAAGAGAUUCAUCCGCAGAAAGCCCAUCUUUCAACGGCUCCUAUCGUUUCCUCAGAGAAUCAUCGAUCGUUUGAUAUACGAUGCACCAACGUCCAUGCAAGAUGUCAUACCAUCUGCGCACUUGGCCAACCCCAUCGCAUUGGGCAUUCACUGCGUUCAUUAUCUCCUCGUCGCUCCGCUCUUCUCAGCGGUAGACGAACCUCAAAGUGUCCUACGUACGGGGAAAGAGCCAACCGGAGUGAGCGGAAGGUGGAGCAAGUACGAAGUUGAAAACAAAUGGAUUGGUAGAGGACUUCUUGGGCCUUGGACGGCAAUCAUGGUGACAACGGUUCUAUUAUUGUUGGCUGCUGCGAAUGCGACCUAUCUGUUUACUCGAUUUCGAACAUACGACAUGCAGCUUCGCUCGGCGCGCGAUCAUAUUCCUUCCCCGCAUGCUUCUCCUGUUCAAGCUCCCAGAAAUGCCCUGAAAGAAGACGUCUUUGGUGACCCUACCAACGACAAAGCCAGCGUCAGGACCAUCAUACUUCACUCCUUAUGGCGGGCAGUCGUCUUCACCUUCAAAUCUCUCGCCGCCGGUAUCAUGUCCGCAACGGGUCAUCCGACUUCCUCCUCCAUCAGCCAUUCAGCUCCAGGCGAGGACAAGAUACAAUGUCUCCGAGUGUGGGAUCCGCCUGACUUCUGCCUUGCAUUCUUCUGCUCGUUUCCGCCUUCGGCGCCCGCAUUGUCCCACCUUCUGACACCUCGUCAUCCAUUUCUCACCCCUUUGCUGCACCUUACAACCACAUUUCUCUUGUCACAUCUCGCAACGAGUUAUCAACAACUGGUCAAGGACCGUAUGCUACUAACUGCUGAGGUUAUGCGCGAGUAUGAUCAGAGAUUUGUGUAUAAAAAAGUGUUUGCCCAUACAGUGGACCGUCAGGUUCAAACCAGCCAAGCCGAGUCACUAUGGUGACUUGUACCCCCAAAACACCACACUACAGACCCAUGCAUUCAUUUAGCUUGUUC